GAAGUAAUGGCUGUGCUUUUCCUUUAUGUAUGAAAGGGAACUGGAAAGGAAGAUGAUGAAAGUAGUCAAUCUCAAACAGGCCAUCCUCCAGGCUUGGAAGGAAAGGUGGAGUGAUUAUCAGUGGGCCAUAAAUAUGAAGAAAUUUUUCCCCAAAGGGACGACCUGGGACAUCCUGAACUUAGCAGAAGCGCUUCUUGAACAGGCCAUGAUUGGCCCAUCGCCAAACCCAUUACUCCUGUCCUAUCUGAAAUAUGCCAUCAGUUCUCAGAUGGUGUCAUAUUCGACUGUUCUGAUGGCCAUCAGCAAGUUUGAUGACUUCUCCCGAGAUCUCUGUGUCCAAUCAUUACUCGAAAUUAUGGACAUGUUCUGUGACCGUCUCAGCUGCCAUGGUAAGGCAGAAGAAUGUAUUGGCCUCUGUCGUGCCCUGAUGAAUGUUCUCAUUUGGAUGCUGCGGUGUGCUGCCUUCUAUACAGAAAAGCUGAAAGAACUGCUGGAACAGGGGGCUGCAGAGAACCAGCUCAAUAUGUGCUUGGAGCGUCUGGUGAAAAUCCUGGCGAGCACCAAAAAUCGGGCCCUGAUUCAUAUCGCCAAGCUGGAAGAUACAUCUUCCUGGAAUGCAGUUGAACAGUCCCUUGCCAAAUUGGGAGACAAUGUAGGACAUAUUAACAACAAUCAGUUGCGGAAUCAAUUGGAAGAGUGCAUUAAUCUUGUCAGAAGUAUCCCUACCAUGCUCUCAGUUCAUUCAGAACAGCUAAACAAAACAGGCUUCCCUACCAUACAUGCUGUGGUGCUGCUAGAAGGAACCAUGAAUCUGACUGGAGAACCACAGCCUUUAGUCGAACAACUGAUGAUGGUGAAAAGAAUGCAGCGUAUCCCAUCCCCACUCUUCAUUCUGGAAAUCUGGAAAGCGUGCUUUGUGGGACUGAUUGAAUCUCCUGAAGGGACGGAAGAGCUGAAAUGGACAGCCUUCACUUUCCUCAAGAUACCACAAGUUUUGGUGAAACUGAAAAAGUAUUCUCCAGGAGAAAAGGAUUUCACAGAAGAUGUGAAUUGUGCCUUUGAAUUUCUGCUGAAGCUGACACCACUCCUGGAUAAAGCUGAUCAACGGUGCAACUGUGACUGCACAAACUUCCUCCUCCAAGAAUGUAGCAAGCAAGGUCUGCUCUCUGAAGCCAAUAUGAAUAAUCUCAUAGCAAAAAGGGCUGCUGAUCGAGAACAUGCACCAUGUUUAAAAUCUGCAGAAAAUGCUAACAUUCAGCCCAACCCAGGCCUUAUCUUGCGAGCAGAGCCCACUGUUACCAAUAUCUUAAAAACAAUGGAUUCAGAUCACUCAAAAUCUCCAGAAGGACUACUGGGAGUCUUGGGCCAUAUGCUUUCAGGAAAGAGUUUGGACCUACUAUUGGCAGCUGCAGCAGCUACAGGAAAGCUGAAAUCCUUUGCUCGGAAAUUCAUCAAGCUCAAUGAAUUUACCAAACAUAUCAGUGGAGAAAGCUCUAAGGGAGCCUCAGUCCGAGCACUUCUCUUCGACAUUUCAUUCCUUAUGCUGUGUCAUGUUGCCCAGACCUACGGCUCUGAGGUAAUCCUGUCAGAAGCUAGCCCUCCAGGAGAAGUGCCUUUCUUCGAGACCUGGAUGCAGACCUGCAUGCCAGAAGAAGGGAAAAUUCUCAACCCUGACCACCCUUGCUUCCGACCUGACUCCACCAAGGUGGAAUCGCUGGUUGCUUUGCUGAAUAAUUCUUCUGAAAUGAAGUUGGUGCAGAUGAAAUGGCAAGAAGCAUGUCUAAGCAUCUCUGCUGCCAUCUUGGAGAUCCUGAAUGCCUGGGAGAAUGGGGUUCUCACCUUUGAAUCCGUCCAGAAAAUCGCAGAUAAUAUCAAGGGAAAGGUGUGUAGCAUGGCAGUAUGUGCUGUGGCUUGGCUUGUGGCUCAUGUCCGAAUGCUGGGCUUAGAUGAACGAGAGAAGUCACUGCAGAUGAUUCGACAACUGGGGAACCCCCUAUAUGGCGAGAACACCCUGCAAUUCUACAGUGAAAGAGUGGUGAUCAUGAGUUCCAUCCUUGAGCACAUGUGUGCUGAUGUUGUCCAGCAGACAGCUGCACAGAUUAAAUUCCCAGCUACAGGAGUUGACACAAUGCCCUAUUGGAAUCUCCUUCCUGCCAAGAAACCUAUAAAAGAAGUGCUGAUGAGUGUCUUCUCCAAGGUCCUGGAGAAAGGCUGGGUAGACAGCCAUUCUAUUCAUAUCUUUGAUACACUAUUGCACAUGGGUGGUGUCUAUUGGUUCUGCAACAAUCUUGUCAAGGAACUCCUGAAAGAGACACGGAAAGAGCAUGCAAUGAGAGCUGUGGAAUUGCUCUAUUCUAUUUUUUGCCUGGACAUGCAGCAGCUCACCCUCACCCUCUUGGGACAUAUCUUGCCCAAUUUGCUUACAGACUCUUCCAAAUGGCAUAUGCUAAUGGAUCCACCAGGCAAGGCCCUUGCCAAGUUAUCUGUGUGGUGUGCUUCCAGUUCCUAUUCCUCCCACAAUAAGGGACAGGUAUCUCUCUGGCAGCGAAAGAGGCACCGAGAAGACAUAGAGGAUUACAUCAGUCUUUUUCCACUGGAUGACACUCAGCCAUCGAAACUCAUGCGCCUGCUCAGCUCCAACGAGGAAGACACCAGUGUUCUGUCUAGCCCCACAGACCGCACAAUGAGCACUUCGCUUUCUGCCUCGCAACUCCACACAGUCAGCAUGCGUGAUCCCCUCAACAGAGUUCUUGCCAACCUCUUCUUGCUGAUCUCCUCCAUCUUGGGAGCCAAGACAGCUGGAACACAUACUCAGUUUGUGCAGUGGUUCAUGGAGGAAUGUGUGGAUUGCUUGGAACAGGGAAGCCGUGGCAGCAUCCUACAGUUUAUGCCUUUCACUAUGGUCUCUGAACUGGUGAAAGCAUCAAAUAUGUCCAGCCCUAAAAUCGUACUGGCCAUCACAGACCUCAGCUUACCUCUGGGACGUCGAGUGGCCGCCCAAGCCAUUUCUGCCUUAUGAGAAAAUUCUUUUCGAAGCUGUUCCACAGAAGCAGGAGCUGCACCUCUAAAAGAUACUGAUGAAGCACAUAACCAAAUUAGCUUCCAGUGCAAUCCAGAACUCUCCAACAGGAACUUGCCAGGAUUGCUAUUCCAAAUACUGAACUUUUUUUUUACUUUCAAAAAGCUAUAUCCACAGUGCCAAUAACACCUCUCUUUAAGUUGUUCAUUGAUAUUUGCAGAGUAAAAUAAAAAUUCUUUUGAUUUGCCUUAUUUUAUAAGUAACAUUUUUCUCCUAUUUAUUUUCAAUGCCCAAAAGGAGCUGCAUUCUUGGCCAACAUGAUUGCAAUCAGAUAUUGUUAAUA